GAUUUGCUUUUGGUAGUUGCACAUGUGUGAGAUCGCUUCGCUAGGCAGCUGUAAAGCUUCGAAGGCACGCAUUUGGUUUUUAUUCGAGAUCUUGCAACAGCAAAGGAGUGCCCAGUGGGCACAGCUCACGUACCCGACAUGACCUCCCCCCCCCGUCGGCUUCUCAGAGCAGAAGUUCACCUAUGUUAACCCCGCCAUCCCAAAUCGGAACUUGUCCUAGAAAGCAUCAAACGGUACUGCCCUUUGGGAUGUAACACAAAGGGAGCUGUAGCAUGGCUGUCGUGCUGGACUUGCGACCGAAGUUCUUCGGAGCUAAGGGUGCCGACGUCUGUGGCUUUAACUGGUUCAGUCCUGUAGUAUUUACGGAGGUACCGACAAGUCGUCUUGGUGAAUCCGCUUCACUGUGAGUCUCUCCUCAAUCACAUUUCAAUGGGCUGAAUCUGACAAGCGCCAUUUCUCACAUUCGCCAAAGUUUAGUAACCGACACCUGCUGGCAUUUAACUCUCUUCCCUACCCCCCCCUUUCGCUUGGUGCAUGCAAGGUCUGCCCUGCAGCAAGCGUCCAUCGAGCAGGGCUGGGUGAAGGAUGUCUUCCACACAACGCGACGCUCUUGAACUCGUGAAGGUGUUCACCGUAGACUGUCUUCUCAAAUUAUGUUUAGAACGCGCAAUGAUUAGGCAGGAGUAAAGGGUGUGUGGGGACAUUUAUUGGGCGGGCCGCAGAUGCAUGACGGACAGGAUUUUUUCGUGUAGCUGUUGCCACGUCUUCCUGAGUGCUUGCCGCUCUAGGUAGCAGUAGUGGACUAAAAUUGUCAGGUCCUCUGAAUCGCUCACCGUGCAUUAUCUUGUCUUUUGACGAUGUCGUGCUUUCUCCCGAGGGCGGUCCCUGGUUUACCCCGAUUUCCGGCGUUCCAUCCGGACUUCUCGUCACAGUCUAAUCCUCCCUCGCUGGGCUGAAGUGGCUGCCCAUCAAAACAGGUAGCGAUUGACCCCGUAUAUCAGAUUCCCAUUUCAUGAGACUGUUUUUUCUGUCAUGCAUGACUCACGCGGCGCGUAGAGGCAUUCUGCUGCUGAUUUAUGAUGUCUAAAGUCGAAGAACUACGGACCAGAAUUUUUGCUUUGGCUGAGGCGUUGGGAAUUGAAGCCGACGCGUCCUGACCGAGUCAAUAUCAGCCACACUCGACAAGUUUACUUUGAUUCUGCCUUCUAAAACGGGAUCAGCGGACUGACAGGGGGUCACAUGCCAGAACGAUUUUCAAGAUGACGAGCACAACGAACUCCAACUUACACAACUACAACCACGAGCUCGUUGCGUGCAUUGAUGACCUCCGCCGCAAGCGCGAAGAGGUCCACCGCCAGAUCAUAAAAGAAGAGGAGGAUAGAGCGAAAGUGCAAAAGGAGAUCGCGCUUCUGCAGGAACGGCUUCAGAAGCUCAAUGAUAGUAUAACACGCAAGAUCCAAGCAAGGAACGAGUACGACAAAACCAUCUUGGAGACAGAAGCAGCGUAUACAAAGAUUUUAGAAUCCGCGCAAACGCUGCUGCACGUACUCAAACGCGAGUCGGUGCAUCUGGGCAGAAAAACGUCUGGCGACCGGGCGGAAUUGCCUGGUAUUGGCAUCACGGGAGUUGGUGUGGACUAUUCCCCAAAUAGCGUGUCGGAGCUGUCGCAUCGACGGGCGGAGAAAGGGAAACCCACAGCUGGCGCAGGAUGAACGUAUCUGUCGGAUUUCCACCAACUCUCCGCACCAUGUUGGCUGCCGUGGGAGUCGAAUGAGCGCACUUCAGUCUUCAUGGUAUACUUGUUUUGUCUCUCGCAGAGUGAUGGCUUGCAGCAUGGGGUGACUUGCGGAAAGAAGCGCGCGUUCUGACUUGCCAGGCGCAUCAUGAUUGUUGGAACACUGUGCUUUAUCCUCUCGCACGUGUACUUUCCCUCGCCUGAACAACCUGAGUCUCGUUCAGUGCGUGGGGGGUGGAGGGUGA